AUGGUUGGUUUAUCAUUUGAAAAUUAUGAGAGAAAUCAAUUUGUGGCUGCAAAUCUACAUACACAGCCAAAAGCCACCUCCACAGGUACCACUAUUGUAGGGGUAAAAUUUAAAGAUGGUGUAAUUAUUGCAGCAGAUACUAGGUCUACACAGGGACCAAUUGUAGCAAAUAAAAAUUGUGAGAAGUUACAUCGUAUAGCUCCCAAGAUUUGGUGUGCCGGUGCUGGUACAGCUGCAGAUACCGAGGCUGUUACUCAACUAAUCUCCUCAAAUCUAGAAUUACAAUCUCUAUACACUAAAAGAGAGCCAAGAGUGGUCUCGACUUUACAAAUGUUAAAACAACACCUAUUUAAGUACCAAGGUCAUGUUGGUGCUUACCUAAUUGUUGCUGGGGUAGAUCCCACAGGUGCCCAUUUAUUUUCUAUCCAUGCACAUGGUAGUACCGAUGUAGGUUACUAUUUGAGUUUAGGUUCUGGUUCUUUGGCAGCAAUGGCUGUUUUGGAAGCACAGUGGAAGAUGGAUAUGAACAAAGAAGAUGCUAUUACUUUGGCUGCUGAUGCCAUCGAAGCUGGUAUUUGGAAUGAUUUAGGUUCUGGUUCUAAUGUCGAUGUCUGUGUUAUGGAAGUUGGUAAAGAUGCACAAAUGUUGAGAAACUACAGAACACCCAAUAUUAGAGAACCUAAAGAAAAGAGUUAUAAAUUCCCACGUGGUACCACUGGUGUUUUGAAAACAGAGAUUAUCGAAGAAUGUAUAAUUGAUACCAGCGCAUAA